AUGUCAGGUUCGAAAUACCCUACAUCAAAUGUCUAUUUCACGCAAGUAUGGAGAAUUGAGAUGCUGCUGCAGAAAUAUGCUGAUGAUGAUGAUGCUGCAAUAAGAGAAAUGGUUGGAAGAAUGCAAGGAAAGUUCAAUAAAUAUUGGGAGGAUUAUAGUGUCAUUUUGGCUAUGGGAGCUGUUCUUGAUCCUAGGCUGAAAGUGGAAAUGUUGAAAAAGCUUAUGAAGCUGCGGAUCCUACUACUUCUUGCUACACCAACUCCACAUGACAUUGUCACUGAGUCUCCACUUGAACAUGACUUUGAUGAUAUUUGGAUAUUCUGGGCUACUGGAAAGAGAACCAACAUCGGCUUUGGUUGUUUAGCUGAAAUGGCACGGGAUCUCUUAACAAUUCCUAUAACUACUGUUGCAUCAGAGUCUGCUUUUAGCAUAGGAGCUAGGAUCUUGACGCCCUAUAGAAAUCGUUUGCUGCCAAAGAAUGUCCAGGCAUUACUGUGCACAAGAAAUUGGCUAAGAGGCUAUGAAGACUAUGAAGAAAUCAUAGAAGAUGACAAUGAGGCCACUAGCUCGAGAACAGAAGUAUCAACUUCAGAAGAUCCUAGAGGACCUAGACCAUGA